AUGUCGUCAUUGGCGAUCACAAGCCUGUUCAGUGUGAAUGGAAAGAAUGCCCUCGUCACGGGCGGGGGUAGUGGACUAGGUGCCAUGAUGGCAGCAGCGCUCGUACAAAAUUCGGCAAACGUCAUUAUUGCUAGCCGGAAAGAGAAACAACUCAAGGAAGUGUCCGACAAGCUCAAUGCUGCCGGCCCGGGCAAAUGCUCCUACAUCGUUGCCGACAUCAGCUCCAAAGCAGGUUGUGAUGCGCUUUGUGAUGCCGUCAAGCAAAAGAUCGACAAGCUCCACAUUCUCGUCAACAACUCGGGCGUCACUUGGGGAGCACCCUACGCUGACUUUCCCGAGCAAGGCUGGACCAAAGUCAUGAAUGUCAAUGUCAAUUCUCUCUUCUUUGUCACCGCCGGCCUGACCGAGCUGCUCGCAAAAGACGCAGAUAAUAUCAAUCCUGGGCGCGUCAUCAAUAUCGCCAGCGUGGCAGCGAGAGAUGCGAGGACAGAGGAUACAGGCUUGAGCGAUCCUGGCGUAGGUCUUUGGUCGUACAACACCUCAAAAGCAGCUGCCGUUCAUCUGACCUCGCAACUCUGCGUCACACUGUCGAAGCGAUACAUCACUGUCAACGCGAUCUUACCGGGCGUCUAUCCUUCAAAGAUGACAGCUCAUGGCCUGAGCAAACACGAGGAAGCAUUGGCGAAAGGUCACCCGAUGGGACGGAUAGGCACCGCGGAGGAUAUGGCAGGUCUCCUGCUUUUCCUGUGCUCGAGAGCAGGCGCACAUGUCAGUGGCGAGUCCAUCGCAACAGAUGGCGGCGCGACAGUAGCAGGAGCAGGCUGUUUCACGAAAUUAUAA